AUGAGUUAUUAUAAUAGGAACUCAUCGUCAUCGUCUUCGGUUUUGCCAUCUUCAAAGAAGACACAUUCAGAGAAGCACAAACAAAUUUUGAAGCAAUUAUUGAAAGAGCAUGCAAAUAAGACAUGUGUCGAUUGUAAGACGGCUGCACAUCCUAGAUGGGCGUCGUGGAAUCUCGGAUGCUUUAUGUGUAUAAGAUGUUCAGGUAUUCAUAGAAGCAUGGGUACACAUAUUUCCAAAGUGAAAUCUGUUGAUUUAGAUGCGUGGACUGACGAGCAGGUCGAGCUGAUGGUCAAAUGGGGAAAUGAAAGGUGUAACAUAUACUGGGAAUCGAAAUUGCCGGAUGGAUAUGUCCCAGAUCAACUGAAAAUCGAUAAUUUUAUUCGUACCAAAUAUGAUAUGAAGAAAUGGACUUCUUCGUCCACAAUCCCCAAUCCAUUAUCAAUUAAGGCUUCUGGAGGUCUGAACGCGGGUUUAACAGCUUCGCAACACACCAGUGAAUCUCACAAGCCUAGAAACAGUGAUGCAGGCUCUGCUGAUCUCUUAUCGGGUCAUAGUUCCAAAAUUCAGCCUCUGGGAUCAUUAUUAGAAGAUGAUUUUGGCUCUUUCACUUCCUCCCCUUCACCUAAAGCAAGUACCCCGGUCACAACUUCAAGAAACACAAAUUCUUUGAAAUCAAGUCAGCAAAGGAGUAACUCGGUCACACAACAGAAAAUACCCGCUCAGAAUACGAACGAAGGCCCAAGCAUCCAAUCGGCACAGUCUACUGGCGGAUCCUUUUCAAAUACUAGGCCGGAUUUGAAAAAGUCUAUUUUAUCAUUAUAUUCGUCUCCAAAAUCAUCUAGUUCGAGUUUCAUUCAGCCACAGCAUACUUCACAAGCUCAGCCUAAUAUGCAAGCAUCUGUAAACUCAUUAUCUAAUUCAUUAAGCGGGCUUGAUUUUAAUAAUUCAAAUACAUCCACAAAUUUCAAUACAGUUUCUUCAAUUCCAUCGAGAAACUCACUGGCUUCUCAAUCGACUUCUCAACAAUCUCAACCACAAACUUCUAACUGGAAUAAUGAAUGGGCAGAUUCUAAUGGCUCUACAGCUAGCUUGAACAAUCAGUGGCCAAACAGCGGUUCGUCUAGUAAUUAUGGAGGUCCAGCUAAGGCUACUUCGUUAAAUAGCACUAGCCUAGAUGAUGAUUUGUUCAAGAACGUUUGGAAUUGA